AUGGGCAACGAGCAAUCGACAGCUAACGGCUCGCGUAGUGAUGGCAUCCCUUUUGUAUGUUGGCAACGAAGUCCCAAGCAGCAACAGACGACGAUCACUGAAGACAUGAACGUCAAUCUGUACGUACAGAAAAGCACGACCACGAGCUACCACUUUGCAGAGCCUUCUAGCUACCGAUACGACCGUGUACCGCGCAUAGUAAAUGGGACAGUCGUGUACAUGGAUCCUCCAAAAGGUGAUGGAGAGCUCAAGAACAAGAUGGAGCUACUAGGAAACAUUGCAGUCAUUGAACGAGGUGGUCGUGUUCAUUUUCCUGAUAUUGUACGACGUAUAUUGGCUGUUGGAGUCACUGGGAUCGUCUUUAUUGAACGGACGGACAAUAAACACGCGAUUCAGUCAUUAUUCGAUGGAUUUCAUUCGUCUGGACGUCAAUCCGUGUCCAUUCCUAUUGUAUUACUGUCAAAAUACCAUGCAGAUCAAUUAUUACGGGAUAAACCAUCACGGAUUUCAAUUGAGUUGCUCUGGGGAGAACAGGCGUGUAAACAUGUUGUACUGGACGAUGUAUACUUUGGGAUUCAGACGGCAGCACGUGCUGGGGAUGUCGAACUAUUGAGACACUUGCUGGACAUCAAUGCUACGGGAAAUGUCGUGGAUAGUUUUCCAAAGGCAGUAGCACUGUGUGAUGCUGCUGAAAAUGGGCAUGUCGAUUGUAUCGAGAUCUUACAUAGUAUUGGUGUUUCACUAGACGAGCAAAAGCCCACGGGUGUGUCGCCACUUAUGAUGGCUUGUUCGGUCGGGAAUGUGGAAGCAGCGCGGGCCUUACUAAUGUUUGGUGCCAGUCUAGACUUGGAAGAUGUGCAUGGCAUGACUGCGCUGAUGGUCGCUGCUCGUGACGGCCGUGCAAAUUGUGUGAGACUGCUGAUCAAAAAGGGAGCAAGAAUAAACUUGUCCAGGAACCGAAGUCGUGGCACUACAGCACUUCACAUUGCUGCUCGAGGUGGCCUGGAGGAAUGCUGUUCAAUUUUGCUAAAUGGCGGAGCAGAACUCGAGAUACAAAGUCCUAAUUCAACCACAGCUCUAAUGGAAGCUGCGCGUGCCGGAAAUCUUGGUUGUAUAAAGUUACUAGUCAAGGCUGGUGCAAGUCUGGUCGCGAAAGAUAGAGAUGGGAACACCGCAGAGCAUCUAGCAAGGAUAGCGGGAUACCCUGAUAUUGAAGAUUACCUGCGCGAACACGCUGAAAGUGAAUCCGUUAAGGACCAUCGUCGAAAAAUUGAAGAAACUGUUGCCAAGCAGAACUCGACCCUGCAAGAUUUGUUGGAGAUUGCAAAAAGCAGUCAAAUCUCAAUUGAUAUUUUAUAUCGAGAGAUGGUACGAGAGCACAAGUCGAGUAUGUGGCUGGAGCAGCCUCGAAUUAUUUAUGAAGUGUUUCGCCUGCUAACGAUAUCAGUAUCGUCUUCCGAGUCUGACUCCACGGAUGAUCCCAAUUACGGCAAGUACGCUGUCCAGCAUUUUUGCAGCGAGGUUGCACUGUGGUACUCGCCGAAAAUCUUCCAAAAAGAUAAGCCUGGUGGCACUGGACGGACUUUAAACACGGCCAAUGAUUAUGACGUUAAGACUUCAUCUGGAUAUCUGAAGGUACUAUUUAACUUCAUUUGCACUGCGGAUCCCUUGGAUGAUGUACUGCUGGUUCUUUUCUGCAAAGUCGUCAACCACUUGAUUGUGAACGAGAGCCUUGGAGGCCUUAUUUGGCGCUUCAUAGCUAAUGAAGGAAAAAUGAUUGUACCUUGGCUAGUGUGCCAUAUCGGUCUCGAUUCGAUUCGCGACACCCUUGUGUGGCUGUUGUACUCAGACAUGUCGGAAGCAGGGCAACUUAACGUACUGAAGAGUGGUAUUUUCGACUGCUUGUUUGCUCGCCUUUACUCAUGGCAGCGGACACUAGGAUGGGGUGUGGGAACAGCAUUUCAGCGCGACUCUGUCGAGAACAUUUGCUCACUGAUAAACUACAUCAUCUAUCCUCCUUCAGUGUACAUAAUGAACAACGUGGCUACUUUCGUGGAGAACACAGACCACUCGUUGCCGUUGAUAACGGACCAGCAUCUUCCUCUCCAUCACAAUGAGCUGUUCAAGUCGUUACUGAUAUUUAUACUUAGCACACCGGAUGUCUCGUUUGGCACACUGCUUGAUUUGGGAUUCGCGGAGGUCUGUCGCCAAAGUACUCAGGGAUGCAAGUCUUUGGUUGUCCGUGAAGGCGGUGCCCUGUCUAUCGUUAUGAUGAUGAUGAGUACGUUGAAUUACCACAAGAAAAAACGUGAUGUAACAGGAAUUGAAGAUCUUUUGAAGGUUGUCUGUGUGUCGGUGCUAAAUGCACUGAUUCCUCGUGUGGAAAAAUUUGUGAAGCUGUGUCGCGCAGUGGUUACGUCGGACGUCAAAGCGCUUCGCGCAAUAUCCAAUUCUUUAAGCCCUGGAAAGAUCAAGGCUGUGGGCACUAAAGGAUCUGCGCUAUUGCACAUCAUUACGUUUCUAAAACGUUGUGUGUUUUUGCAAAGUGGAGAAGUGGAUUACCUGCUGGCAGAUUUUGGCUUGAUGCCGUGCUUAUUAGCCUGUUAUGGAUCGCACCCUAGCAACAGCAUGUUGCACCAUGAGCUUACAGACGUCAUUAGAUUUGUUUUGAUGGACCCAGAUCAGAAACGCCUGCCAUCGUCUCCUUUAUUGAAUAGUCUCUUCAUUGAGGGUGCGAACAUUUUGGACUUUGUCAUUUGGGCAUACGAUGAGCACAUGCAGUACAAGGGUCAUAUGACUACUAUCGCAAACAGCAUCUUCACACUGACAAACACCCCAAAUUGCAAAAGUGGAUCAGUUGCAAUCACAUGCCAAGAUGUUGUGCGGCAGUACACAUCGCAGCACAUAAAGUGGGUGAAAUUUGAGCAAAUUCUUGCAGAGCAGAAUCGUGUCGAGAUGCUACCGCUGGGCGAGCGUAAUGCGCCGUUGUGUCAUGGAUGCUUGAAGCUGAAGCAGAGUGCGGUCGAUUAUGUGUCGACUACGCUCACACACGCUGAGGAGAAUGAAUAUUCUGGCUAUAUGGAGACCAUUUUCCCGUGUGCUGCAAGUCGCUACUGCAAGGUCACAUACACGGACGAGUUCAUCACGGGAUUCAUGUACAAAAAGGACAAGAUUCACGAUCAUAUUCCUAUUCCAGAGCCAACACGUGUAAGCUCGUUCAUCCAGUUCCCAGUGCCUAUGCCAUUUCACGCGCUUACGUUUACCAUCACGUUCUUCGGUUUAUGCCAAGUGUGCGAUAAGCUCUGGUACUGUGACACGCUUCAAAGUGCUAACUGGACGAACCGUAUGAAGUGGGUCAUCCCUACAUCUGUCCGUAAGUGGUAUAGCUUCGGCGUGACAGAGGGUCCGGGAAGCGGUGCACACGGUUUACAGUUUUCAUCAAAAGGCUACAAAAACUUUAUUGUGCUUACUGACACGUGGGGGCGGCAGGAGCAGUGGAUGCACGCGAUCGAAGAUGCUAUGCAGAGCCUAGCUACUCAAAUGUCUCGAGGAAACACGGAAAGUGCAAUGGCAAUUGAGAUUGAUAAUGAAGUCGACGCGGAAGAGUUUGACGUGCAGCGCAUGCGAGAAGUUACGGCUGGUUCGGGUGGUGUUGGCCCAGUUGGCACGUCCCUUCUCGUGGGAUCUGCUCCAAAAAGCAACUGUAGUAGUCGUAUCUCGCGUCUGUUGGAUGAAGAAGAAAAUGGAACUCGCCGCCGGAGCAACACGAUGUCAUCGAUUGAAAGUGAAUCAGGGCCGCCCAGGGAUAUUGUAGACGACGAUGACCAAAACAGCGACACGUUAUCACCUUCGCAAGAAUUGACAAUGCCCACCUUGCGGUCACGGUCUUCCGUUGAGCUAACGUGCAAUGGAAGUGGCCCGACUUCAGUCUCACCGCAUAGUAAAGUUUCGGGAGACUCGCGUCGGAACCUUGAUCUGAAGCGCUUCCAACCGGAUACGCAAAAGUUUUCCGAAAUCCUAGGCAAACUCAAGAUUGGCUCUCCACCUCGUACCAGUAGCGCCCGAACACUUGUAAGUACGUCAGGCAGCAUCGCGCCAUUCAGUCAAAUGAACGUUGCGAGUCCCCAUAGCGGUAUAAACAGUCGUUCAGUAGCUGAGCUCGUAGGUAUGCGUCAUGUUGUUUCAACCCCAGACCUCACUCGAAUGCAGGGUUAG